AAGUUGUUUUGAUAAAAAAUAUGAUUUUUAUAACGUUUAAGUAUUUUAAAAACCGUCGACGUUUUAUUCUACCGGAUUAGAAUUAUUAUUUAAUCCCGGGAAUAUCCGAGUGGGUGUUAGCGCAAGCCCCUGCUUGCCAGGGCAUCGGCUGUACCUAAUACCAAGGACCUGGAACGACAUAAAUAGGGUAAGACAAUGCCAGCCCGGAUAUUGACCGCGCGCGAUGGUGGGGGGAGCGAAACGAUCGUGGCUGACAGCCCUUUCGCCAACUUCGAGUCCCUCACCCAAGCAGCGAUUAUCGGAGUCAUGGGCAUCGCCAUCGUGGCAUCCAACCUCCUCAUCAUUGCCGCUUAUCUGAACUUCAAAGGCCUGUCCCACGAGGUGAUAAACUACUAUUUGCUGUCACUGGCGGUCGCUGACCUGCUAUGCGGCCUCUUCGUGGUACCACUUUCCGUAUACCCAGCGCUCACCGGUCGCUGGAUGUUCGGAAACUUCAUGUGCCGUCUCGCUGGUUACAUAGAAGUGACGCUGUGGUGUGUGUCGGUAUACACCUUUAUGUGGAUAUCCGUCGACCGUUACUUGGCCGUGAGAAAACCUCUCCGAUAUGAGACGGUCAGUAAGACGGUCCAAACCCGAACACGAAGUCAGUGUUGGAUGGUGUUCACUUGGAUUUCCGCCGCUAUGCUUUGCUGCCCGCCAUUGCUCGGAUACAAGAAAGACGCGAAUUUCGACAAGGAAACUUACAUUUGCAUGCUGGACUGGGGCUCCACGUCCGCUUAUACCGCUACCUUGGCCAUCCUCGUACUAGGCCCCAGCGUAAUAUCGAUCGUGUAUAAUUAUUAUUACAUAUUCCUUAUGAAGAGAAAACUGCACAGCGGAGUACCGAUUCACGAUAAGGAGUACGCGACAGCUCUCGCCGAGAACCUGUCGAACCCAAGCCACUGUAUGAGCUUCGUGCUCAUCCUGACGUUCUGGCUAAGCUGGGCUCCCUACGCGAUAGUCCGUUUGUAUGAAUGCAUAAUCCAACAGGAGCUCAAAGUGCCCAUGCUGCAUUUCAGCGUGGUUUGGAUGGGUAUAUUGAAUUCGUUUUGGAAGUUCGUGAUACUUUUGACACUGAGUCCACAGUUUCGCCUCGCUGUCAGAAUACUCUGCUUGACGUUUUGCUGUCGCUCGAACGCGAGAUUGCAAGCUGAGCUGAUUGGUUUGGACAGUGACGAUUAAUUCCCGUAGGAGUGGCUCCAUAGCCGGUUUCGUAUUGGUGUAUGCUGCAUCAGGCCGAGCGGAACUGUACAGGUUGUGUCGUUAUGGAUCCUCUUACAUAUUGAGGAGGUCUUUUAAUCCCAUUUAUGAAAUCCAGGAGUCAAGUUAGUUUCGGGAUUUGAGUAAUAUCACAUAAAUAUUAUGCAAUACAAAACCAAACUGCCACAAUUGCUUUAUUUAUGGACAUUAAGGAAAAUAAUGUAAAAACUUUUUAGAAAUUUUUAAUCCAAAAUUUUAAACCAAUUCUCCUAAAGGCUUGCCUCCGGUAUUUCAUAUUUUAGUACAAUAGGCUGUAAGUCUGUUAGCAAUAAAUUUAAAAUAACAGUAGGAAUCUGAGGAUUAGAGUACUUUCUGAGUUUCUGAUUGGCUAUCAUUAUUCCAAAUUUGACUUAAAUGAUAGCCAAUGACAAAAAUUGCGAUAGUCUCAUGUUCCUAGUUGACUUACGAGUGUAAAUUUAUGCAUUAUUUAUGAGCUAAUGACGUUGAAUAUUUAAUUCAAUGACGGAUUAACGCUUGACAACAAUGGCGUUAAAGUGACGAGGCAGGAGCUAAACGCAUUUGCAUCUUACUUGCAACCAAUCACAGGAUUUGCUUUAAUUGGCGUGCUGUGAUUGGUCGCAAACACCAGGACGCGUUAGCUUGGCGUUAUCUUGAGAUCUAAGCGCGCUUACUAUUUGGGAACCCCCGUAGUUGGUUAAUUUGCCGUAUCGUACUUGCAACCAAAUACAAAAGUGGCUUUAAUUGACGCGCUGUGAUGUGUAUAGUUUAUAACUUCAACUUAACUUUAACAUUUGAGUUAAGUGUAAACUAGUUAAGGUAGUGACGUCAUAUGAUAUUGUGUAAAAAAAAUGAGUUAUGCUAUAGCGAACAUGUUGCUGUGUAAUGUGUAAAUAUAUAUUUAUAUUCUCUUUUAAUAUAUAUUUAUUAAAAUGUUGAUCGAGUGCUUAAGAGUACGCUGGCCGGAUGUGUCGAUAGUGGGCGCAGUUACAUAGCAUGAUAUUUAAUUUAGCAUCGUCUGAACAUACACGACACUACAUAUCGAGCUAAUACCGUCGACUUAGCGUAACAGACAGAAGACAAUUUCUUUAUUUUCAGGUUAUUUUUGAUUUUUUUCGUAGACUAAUGCGCGUUAAAAUUGAAAUUAUAAUAUUAUUUUAAAUUAUUCAAUAUCAAAUUCCAAGUAUAUAAAUGCGCUGUUAAAUUUAUAUAAAAAUUUUAAACAUCCGUAAAAUAUUUAAAUUAAUUAUUUCAACCUACGUCAGCGGCAAUGGCUCGAUAUUUCGACCGAAAACUUGUUACUAUGCUGAUCAAUAUAUUUGAGCAAAUUAAAAAAAUAAAUUGGAUAGCCAACGAUCACGGGAAUUAACGAUUCACAAGGAAUAAUAAUUUAGCUUAAAUAGGCGGGCAGCCUGAUUGUGAGUGGAAAACCUCCUUUGUGCAAGUUAAAUAAUUACCACCAUAAAGCCAUAAAGCUACCGGCCUGUAGUUGUGUACAUUAAAACUAUUAACUUAUGUUCUAUGACUUUUUUUUACUCGAUAGUUUGUGAAUAAUUAAAUAUUCUAUAUUAAAAUAACAUUGAUACUCUACUUGUAACUACUCUGUAAUGUAACUUCGGCAGCAGCGCGAGAAUCUAUUAUCGUGCGGUCACUGACCCGACUACUGUGUAUAGUUUCACAGUGUAAUGCCACAUUACAGAAAUAACAUGUUUUUUUUUUGUAUGCAACAAAUUAAUAUUAAAUUUAGAAAAGUCGUAGAACUAAAGUUGUUAGUUUUAAUCAUAGAAACUAUAAGGACGGGGUUUUCUGGUAUGUUUUAAUUUAACCCUGUCCAUUAUUAUUAUUAUUAUAACACUUUAUUUGUAUACCAUAUCAAUAAUAUAUACAAGAAACAAAAAAAAAGGAACAUGAAGUACAAAAGGUGGCUGUAAAGCCAUGCUCCGAGAUGAAGAGUGUUGUACUCACCACCUAUGUACGACGUCUCUCUAGCAUGCCCUACGAAGCUCCGAUUAUAGGCGGUAGUUUUCUACUUAGCAUCAGGUGGCCCAUUCGCUUGGUCUGUCAAUUAUUACCAUAAAUAAAGAGACGGACAAUUCCGUUAAACACAUUGCGUGCGUGUGUUGCAGCUGAGGGUUUGUAGAUGCGUACCUUUUCUAUAAGUUUACUUUAAUUUACUGUCUAAAUUACAGAUUAUAUUAAGUCAUUACUUAUCAAAACUAUUUUUUUUUCACUAUGUAGUACUAGAAGCUAGGGUUCGGAGAAAUGACUUCAUGAUUGCUUAAAGCUGUUACUUCUUCAGAACGGAUACCUUCUAAAUCUGCUAGGAACUCCUUUCGACGUACAGUCCCUUAACGAUUCAAUUUCGCUGCUUUCAAAGUAAACAAAAAAAAAGAAGCUUGUAAAGUAGCGAAGUUCUUUCUUCUCUUCCGCUAUUUCUCAUUC